AUUUGUUUCUUGUUCCUGCUGUAUCACUGGAAUUCAUGAAUUGUAAUCCUUACAUCAAUCCGAUGGCAGGUUAAAGGUUGCAGUAGAGUGGUCAUGGAUCGGCUCAGUGCUUCUGCAUGUCAUAUGAUAGUUUCUGAUCUUGAUCAUACAAUGGUUGAUCAGCAUGAUGUUGAGAAUGUAUCCCUACUCUGCUGCUACAUAUAAUGCCCAGGUGGAAAUAAAAAGUCCCUGGUAGUUUGGAGUGUUGGCUGAUGGAUUAACUUGAGUAUAGGUAUAGAUAGAAGUAUAUAGCUUUUAUUUUGAAAAUUAGGGAAGCAAAUUUAUUCUAAAAUAAUAAACUGAUAAGUGAAGAAAACUUUAAGUUUAAAUGCCUGACCAAAAUGUACUUUAUGUAGCUGUACUUAGAACCAGUACUAGGACUAAGUUACAUUUUAGAUCUACUUUGACUGGAACCUAUUGACAUUUUUGCAUCAACUUCUAUUGAUUUUCUCUGUCUAAUGAAUCUACUAAGAAAUGCUGUUUCCACUUCUCAUUUCUUGUUGGAAUACUUUAUCAUCUAAGUUCAGAAAGAACCACCAAUUUUAAUUUCUUUUUUCUUCAGGAUCCAUCUGCUGUAACUGUCCAUCCAUCUGGUGUUGAGGAAAUUCUACAUGAACGCAUACAGGAAUUGAAAGAGGGGUAUGGAGACAAGCAGGGAAAAAGGUUUCAGGUUUGGGUGGAUCAUGUAUUAUCUACACAGAUUGGUUCAAGCACAUGGUUGGUGAAUUUCAAUAAGUGGGAGCAGUGUGGUGACGUGCGGUGUUGUUGUCCAGCCAGUGGAAAGAUCAGUGCUAAUGUAAGAAAGCUAGAAAAUUAUUUGAAAUGAUAAUUGAUUUGUGGAUUUUAGGAGGGCGAUGCAUGGUUCACAUGGGUUCACUUGGAUGCAUGUACAAUAGACGUGGCUGCAAGGAUUGAAAAUGGAAGACCAUUAAGACUCGCUGUUCUAGAUUGAUAUCAGAUGCUAUCCCUGACCUUUUCAGCUCUGGAGUAUUCAAUAUUCAAUUGAAGUAAAUGUACUAAUGAUGUUAAUAUUUCAUUUCUUAUGCAAGGACCAAAUCCUAAAGCUUUGUUUGGGUUGAAAGUAUACACAAGUCCAAUUAUAGUUUAC